CGCACUCGCAUCAGCGAGUGUCGCCCCUGAGUCCUGCCUGAGCCCGACAUGGAGCCUCCCCCAGCCAAGCUGCGGGGCGGCAGCGCAUCCCAAGGACCAGCGGGUGGGGAGCGGAGGCCGGGAAGGUGGGACGCUGCGGCGUGAACUGGCGGCGGCGGAGAUGGCUUGAUGGGCUCACGGCGCACGAGGGAGAAGGCAGCCGGGCCUCCCGCUCGGCGAAUGAAAACUGGGCCCCUUUCCAGUCUGGGGUGGGAGAAACUGCACGUUGCUGCUUCCGCCCAUUCUGUUACAGGCUCCUAGCCUCCCGCGGCAGGCGCACGUGCUUUGGGUUUUCCCUUCACUGUUUCCUCUUUUCCUGAUCUUCAUCUCCAUCCUGUUCUUUCUCAGGCAACCCAUUGAGUUUCACUAUGGGAGCUGUGGUGGUUGAUGAUGCUCCAUCUGGUGUCAAAGCCCCUGAUGGGGGUUGGGGCUGGGCCGUUCUCUUUGGAGGGUUUGUCAUCACUGGAUUUUCCUAUGCCUUUCCAAAGGCUGUUAGUGUCUUCUUUAAAGAGCUUAUCCGGGAGUUUGGUGUUGGAUACAGUGACACAGCAUGGAUCUCCUCCAUUCUACUGGCUAUGCUCUAUGGAACAGGUCCCCUGUGUAGCAUGUGUGUCAAUUGGUUUGGCUGUCGUCCAGUCAUGCUGGUUGGAGGGCUCUUUGCUUCGCUGGGUAUGGUGACAGCUUCCUUCUGUACCAGCAUCAUUCAGCUUUAUCUCACUGCAGGUGUCAUUACUGGUUUGGGUCUGGCACUCAACUUCCAGCCAUCGCUCAUCAUGUUAAAUCGCUACUUUGACAAACGCCGCCCUUUAGCUAAUGGGCUUGCUGCUGCUGGAAGCCCUGUGUUUCUUUGUACCCUCUCUCCUCUGGGGCAAAUACUGCAACAUGAGUAUGGCUGGCGAGGGGGAUUCCUUAUACUGGGUGGAAUGCUGCUUAACUGCUGUGUUUGUGGGGCAUUAAUGAGGCCUUUGGAACCUCCUAAGAAAUCUGAAGCUGCUAAAGAACUUACUGAGAAGAAAACAAAGAAAAAGCUUCUGGAUUUCAGUGUCUUUAAAGAUGUUGGUUUUUUAGUCUACACUGUGGCUGCCUCCAUCAUGGUGCUGGGCCUCUUUGUGCCUCCAGUCUUUGUGGUGAGCUAUGCCAAGGAUUUGGGAUAUCCAGACACCAAAUCAGCUUUUCUUCUGAGCAUUCUUGGGUUCGUUGAUAUCUUUGCCCGGCCUAUUUGUGGAGUGGUAGCUGGUCUGAAGUGGGUCAGACCACGCUGUGUUUAUCUCUUUAGUUUUGCUAUGAUUUUUAAUGGUUUUACAGAUCUCAUAGGUUCCAUGUCUACCAAUUAUGGUGGCUUGGCGGUCUUCUGCAUUUUCUUUGGCAUUUCCUAUGGAAUGGUAGGUGCUCUUCAGUUUGAAGUUCUCAUGGCUAUUGUGGGUACUCAGAAGUUUUCCAGUGCCAUUGGCUUGGUGCUUCUGGCUGAAGCUCUAGCUGUUCUAAUCGGUCCACCAUCAGCAGGCAAACUCUUGGAUGCAACAGGCACGUAUAUGUUUGUUUUUAUUAUUGCUGGAGUUGAAGUUGUUACUUCAGCCCUUGUGAUGGCUUUAGGAAAUUUCUUCUGUGUUAAGAAAAAAUCAGAAGUGCCACAAACAAAAGAGGAGGCAGCAGAAAGAGAAGAGUUAAACAAAUCCGAAGACAAAACACCUGAAGAUGCCAAGGUGGACUCUAUUGAAGUAGAACAAUUUCUGAAAGAUGAACCUGAAAAAAAUGGGGAAAUUGUAACUAACCCAGAAACGUGUGUGUGAGUGACACAGGAUGAGUGGCAAAGCAUUUAGGGAAGAGUGAGAUAAUUUCAACACUAUUUUAGAAACGGAACUAGUUUAGGGCUGGGCCAUCUGCUUGACCAACUGGGGGCCAAUCAGCUAAUCAAAUCACUGUUUGGAAGCUUUGUUAAGAAUCCUUUUCACCUAAAACUGGAUUUAUCAGUGAGAGGUGGAGCUCUGUGUUUGUAACAUUUUAAGUAAACUAAGCAGCCUUUGUUACCAAAUGUAGAAAUCCUGCUAUGCAUCACCAGAAAAUUCUCACUUGGAAGAAAAUAUAUUUGAAUUAGAGAGGAAUAUGUACAUUUUCAUUCAAUAUAGGUGAAAUUGUUUGUUUGUGUUCGUGUGGUACAAUUAAACGUAACUUCCCUUUCUGUGUUCUUUCUCAAGGAGAAAGAAUGAGAUGAGGGAAAAAAAUCUCAGGAACUUACUGGUCUCCAGAAGGUUUUUGAAACCUCUUACUUUUUAGUUAUUUUUAGAUUUUUUUUUUUUUUUUUUGGCUCAGCCCUAAUCUAAGUUGGAUAAUAAGAAUAAUAUCUAUUACUUUGUUUUAAGUAAGUGUAUUUCUGAGUUUUAGCUAAACAUGUAAUUUUCUUAAUUGGGAUUUUUAUUGUAAAUAUUGUACACUGAAAGGCACUCAGACCCUGUUCUUAGCAAAUCACAUAAUUGCUAUUCCUAAAUAGCAUCUAAAGAAAAUGAAAUGAGCAGUAUUAAUCCUUACCUAGGCUUACCUUGUUUUCUUUACAGCCUAUGUGCAUUGCACAUACACUGACUCCUAUUGGUAACUACUGCGCUGACACAUGCAGGCAUCUGCUACUGAAAUUGGUUGAAAAGUCACACAACGCUAGCAGCUGUUACAUCCUAUGCUAUUAGAUAUCCGCAUGAGAUUGACUCCUUACUUCUGUACAGCAAUAUGCUGACUUUGCUUCUUCACAUACCCUGAAUACUAGUAGAGUGCUAAAAAUAAUUAAAAGUAACUCUCUGAGUUACUCCCCCUUUUCAUUAGGGGAAAAAUCUCUCUAUCACUAGGGUGACCAGAUAGCAACUGUGGGGGAAAAAAUGGGAUGGGGCAAUAGGUGCCUAUCUAAGAAAAAGUCCCCCAAAACAGGACUGUCCCUUUAAAAAUGGGACAUCUGGUCAUCCUAUCUAUCACCCCUGUAUAUAGUCUCACUGACUUAAUAUUACUAAUUGGAGAAGUAAGGUGAGCAGGAUUUGGCCCUAUGCAUGCAUUACACCCCUUUUGACCUGAUCAGUUAGAUAAAAAUUUGGAGUCUUGGAAUUUUCAGAGGUAAAAUGGGUCAUGUAGUCAGGUGGUUUAUUUGAUGCAAUCUUUUUUUUAUUUACAAAGAAUGUAGAAAGUCCUGUUUCCUUGUCUCUUAGUGUUUGAGUCCUGCUGCAUUCAGUGUCCCUGCUUACAAGUCCAAGCCCCAUUUCCAAUCACUUAACCAUGUUGACCUAAAUUUUAAGAGUAGACUAGGCCUGAGAGAGAGAGCUUUUGGGCUAUGUCACUUUGGGGGGGUGGGAAAUAUCCACUUCCCUGAAAAACAUAGCUAUGCCAGCCUAACCUCCUGGUAUAGAAGCAUGGAGAUUGACAAAACAGUGCUUCUGUCAGUCUAGCUAUAGUUGCUCAGGGAGAUGGUGCUCCUACAGUGGAGAGAGGAGGACCUUUUGUCACUGUAGCUAUGCUAUAGGGUUAUGCCAGCAUUGCUAGCACACCAUAGCUAUGUUGAUAUAGUUCCCAUAGUGUAGACCUGGCCUUAGCUUUUCUCAGCACUACGCUCCCAGUGCUUAUUCUGCCUGUGUCAUUGGCUUUUCUGCCCUGGGACCUGCUGUUUGGUGUCUUCAUUUCUUGUGCUAAAAACACCCCAAAUAGACACAAACAGCUCCACAAUCAAUGCCCUAGUCCCUACAUUUGCUAUGUGAGUCCCCAGGCAAUCCCUCAGACCGCAUGGAAUAGCUUCCUCUUAAUCAGCUUUACCAUGGAGUUCAGGGUUUUGGACAGUGACCUCUAGUGUUUCAGCUAUUAUUAAACAAAGAGGCAUUUAACUGCUCCCUCAUUUAGCCUGAAUGGAAAGGCAGCGGUUAUGCUCACCAAUUUCAAUGGGAUUUAACCCAACGCAUAACUAGGGUUCCGUGUCGGUCAUGGAAGUCAUAGAAUCUGAUUUUACACAACCUCCGUGACUUCUGCAGUGGCCAGUGUGGCUAACACCAAGGUCGCUCAGGUAGCCCUGGGGACAGCCAUACAGGCCACUGCUGAAGCAGCUCCACAGCCAGGCGCUCAGGCAACCCCAGGGCCAGCCGCACCAGCCACUGCUUGGAUGGCCCUGGGCAGCUGGCCCUGGGGACCACCUGAGCAGCAGCCAGUGUGGCUGGCCCCGGGGACCAUGUGAGCAGCGGUCCCGGGGGUGGCAGGAGCAGCCACCGUCAGCGGCAUCUGGCACCUGGUGCCCUUAGCCCCCCUGCUGAGCAGCGGCCCCCUGAGGCUCCUCCCCACAGCAGGCCCUCCCCAGGGUGCCCCCCCCCGAGCGCUCCUCCUAGCAGUGCCUGCUCCCUGAGAUUAAGUCAUUGGUAUAAGUCAUGGAUAGGUCACAGGCUGUGAAUUUUUCUUUAUUGCCUGUGACCUGUCCAUGAUUUGUACUAAAAAUACCCAUGACUAAAUUAUAGCCUUAUGCAGAACACUUUUUUUUUUUUUUUUGAUGAAUGAAGAGAAUCAUUAAAAUACAUUAUAAAAAUGGUUUUGGGGAAAGGAAAGGCUGCAGAGGAUGUGUCUGUGGCGCAUAAGUCUAGUCUCUUGUGGGUUGUAACACUUGGGUCUCAUUUCAGUUGAGUUUAGUGGGCAGUUGCUGAAUGGUGUUGAAUUUAACUAGGAUGUCUGGCUUCUGGCAGGGAGCAGGUGGGGGGAGGGGGAAGAAGCCCUGGGCAGCUUCCCCUUCUCCUGGCAGGGAAUAGGGAGGCCCACCCCUUACCCCAGUGGAGAAUGGGGAGCAGAGGGUGAGAGGCAGCCUGCCAGGAACCCAGGAGCCUGUGUGGCAGCUAGUCUCCCAGAAGGGAGCUGCCAAUGGAGUUGAGAGACUGGGCUUUCCCAGUUUCCCCAACUGCCCCUCUUAGGUCAGUGGAAGCAUUCCUACUAGGGACAUGCGCCACCGACCCAAUGAGUGUAGUAUGGACAAGCACCACUGCAGUAAUUACUGUGGUGACUGUAAGUCGAACUAAUAUAGGGUGACUUAUCCUAAGACUCUAAAUUAUAUAUUUAUUCUUUCUGUAUCUUAACCGCUUACCAAGGACAAGUUAACACAUUCUCAGAACAUAUCACUGAGGCAAUGAAAAUAGGUAUAAGCUUUUCCUACACCAGUUCGUGAGCCAUGCAGUUCCCCUGGAGAAUUAUUCUAUACACCAUUGUUUUCUCCUAAUGCUGUAAAAAUGCCAGUUCUUAGGUUUCCCAGUGCUACCUUAAAAACAGUAACUGGAAAAUAUAUCAGACAUGAGAAAGGGGAAAAUGUUUCCUUAGAGCCAUGACUUAGGGUAUGUCUGCACUACGAAAUUAGGUCGAAUUUAUAGAAGCUGGUUUUAUAGAAAUCGGUUGUAUACAGCUGAUUGUGUGUGUCCCCACAUAAAAUGCUCUAAGUGCAUGAAGUCAGCGGACCGUGUCCACAGUACCGAGGCUAGCAUCAACUUCCGGAGCGUUGCACUGUGGGUAGCUAUCCCACAGUUCCCGCAGUCUCCAUCGCCCAUUGGAAUUCUGGGUUGAGAUCCCAAUGCCUGAAUGAUGCAAAACAGUGUCGCGGGGGGUUCUGGGUACAUGUCAUCAGGCACCUCCUCCUCUGUCAGAGCAAUGGCAGACAAUCGAUUCGCGCCUUUUUACCUGGGUUACCUGUGCAGACAACAUACCCGCUCAGCUCAGCUCACCGUCACAUGUCCUCUGGGUUCCGGCAGAUGUGGUACUGCAUUGCUACACAGCAGCAGCUAAUUGCCUUUUGGCAGUAGACGGUGCAGUAUGCCUGGUAGCCUUCAUCGGCGAUCUGGGUGCUGGCAGACGUGGGGCUGCAUUGCACACAGCAGCAGUCCCUUGCCUUUUGGUAGAAGAUGGUAUAUUACGACUGGUAUCUGUCGUCGUUGUACUGCAGUGGCUGUCAAUCAUGGGCACCUAGGCAGUCUCGACGAUGAUGGCUAUCAGUCGUAGUAUGCUAUUUUCUGCCAAGCGCCCAGAAGAUGCCAAGGGCUAUCAGUCAUGCUGCACUGUCGAUGUAAAAAAUAGAUUUGUUCUGUAUUCAUUUGCUUCCCCCUCCCUCCGUGAAAUCAACGGCCUGCUAAACCCAGGGUUUUGAGUUCAAUCUUUGGGGGGGGGGGGGCAUUCUAUGUGACAGCUGUUUGUGUUUCUCCCUGAUGCGCAGCCACCUUUGUUGAUUUUAAUUCCCUGUACCUGUACGCCAUGUCGUACUUCACUUGGGGGGCAUAGUGCCUCAAUAGUAGCCAUGUCAUCACUCGCCCCUCCCUCCCUCCGUCCGUCAGAUACUAGUUUCGCGCCUUUUUUCAGACCAGAUGCCAUAGCACUGGGAUCAUGGAGCUCGCUCAGAUCACCGCGGCAAUUAUGAGCACUAUGAACACCACGCACAUUGUCCUGGAGUAUAUGCAGAGGCAGGACAUGCCAAAGCAAAAUCAGGACCAGCCAAGGAGGCGAUUGCAGCAUGGCGACGAGAGUGAUGAGGAAAUUAAUUAUGGACAUAGACCUCUCACAAAGUACAGGCCCCAGCAAUGUGCAAAUCAUGGUGUUACUGGGGCAGGUUCAUGCCGUGGAACGCCGAUUCUGGGCCCGGGAAACAAGCACAGACUGGUGGGACCGCCAUGCUGCAGGUGUGGGACGAUUCCCAGUGGCUGUGAAACUUUCGCAUGCGUAAAGGCACUUUUAUGGAACUUUGUGACUUGCUUUCCCCUGCCCUGAAGCUCCAGAAUACCAGGAUGAGAGCAGCCCUCACAGUUGAGAAGUGAGUGGCGAUAGCCCUGUGGAAGCUUGCAAUGCCAGACAGCUACCAGUCAGUCGGGAAUCAAUUUGGAGUGGGCAAAUCUGCUGUGGGGGCUGCUAUGAUCCAAGUUGUCAGGGCAAUGAAAGACCUGGUGAUAUCAAGGGUAGUGACUCUGGGAAACGUGCAGGCCAUAGUGGAUGGCUUUGCUGCAAUGGGAUUCCCAAACUGUGGUGGGGCGAUAGACGGAACCCAUAUCCCUAUCUUGGCACCAAAGCACCAAGCCACCGAGUACAUAAACUGCAAGGGGUACUUUUCAAUGCUGCUGCAAGCCCUGGUGGAUCACAAGGGACGUUUCACCAACAUCAACGUGGGAUGGCUGGGAAAGGUACAUGAUGCUCACGUCUUCAGGCACUCUGGUCUGUUUUGAAAGCUGGAGGAAGGGACUUUCUUCCUGGACCAGAAAAUAACCAUUGGGGAUGUUGAAAUGCCUAUAGUUAUCCUUGGGGACCCAGCCUACCCCUUAAUGCCAUGGCUCAUGAAGCCGUACACAGGCACCCUGGACAGUAGUCAGGACCUGUUCAAUUACAGGCUGAGCAAGUGCCGAAUAGUGGUGGAAUGUGCAUUUGAAUGUUUAAAAGCGCGCUGGCGCAGCUUACUGACUCGCUCAGACCUCAGCGAAAAGAAUAUCCCCAUUGUUAUUGCUGCUUGCUGUGCGCUCCACAAUAUCUGUGCGAGUAAGGGGGAGACAUUUAUGGCGGGGUGGGAGGUUGAGGCACAUCGCCUGGCCGCUGAUUACGCGCAGCCAGACACCAGGGCGGUUAGAAGAGCACAGCUGGGCGCGGUGCGCAGCAGAGAAGCUUUGAAAACUAGUUUUGUGACUGGCCAGGCUACGGUGUGAAACUUUUGUUUGUUUCUCCUUGAACCCUUCGCCCCACCCGGUUCACUCUACUUCCCUGUAAACCAACCAACCAACCAACCCACCCUCCCCUCCCCCCUUCAAGCACUGCUUGCAGAGGCAAUAAAGUCAUUGUUACUUCACAUUCAUGCAUUCUUUAUUAAUUCAUCACACAACUAGGGGGAUAAUUGCCCAGGUAGCCCGGGAUGGGUGGGGGAGGAGGGAAGGAAAAGGACACAUUGCCGUUUAAAACUUUAACUCUUAUUGAAGGCCAGCCUUCUGAUGCUCAGGCAAUCGUCUGGGGUGGAGUGACUGGGUGGCCGGAGGCCCCCCCCACCGUGUUCUUGGGCGUCUGGGUGAGGAGGCUAUGGAACUUGGGGAGGAGGGCUGUUGGUUACACAGGGGCUGUAGCGGCGGUCUCUGCUCCUGCUGCCUUUCCUGCAGCUCAACCAUACACUGGAGCAUAUCAGUUUGAUGCUCCAGCAGCCGGAGCAUCGACUCUUGCCUUCUGUCUGCAAGCUGACGCCACCUAUCAUCUUCAGCCCGCCACUUGCUCUGUUCAUCCCGCGAUUCAGUCUGCCACCUCUCCUCUCGUUCAUACUGUGCUUUUCUGUAGUCUGACAUUGACUGCCUCCACGCAUUCUGUUGUGCUCUUUCAGCGUGGGAGGACAUCUGGAGCUCCAUGAACAUGUCAUUCCGAGUCCGCCGUUUUCUCCUUCUAAUCUUCACUAGCCUCUGUGAAGGAGAAACAUUUGCAGCUGGUGGAGGAGAAAGGAGAGGUGGUUAAAAUAGACACAUUUUAGAGAACAAUGGAUACACUCUUUCACGUUAAAUUUUGCUGUUCACGUUACACAGCACAUGUGCUUUCGUUACAAGGUCGCAUUUUUCCUCUUAUAUUGAGGGCCUGCCAGUUUGGUGUGAGAGAUCACUCAUGCAGUGCCAGGCAACAGAUUUCGGCUUGCAGGCAGCCAUGGUAAGCCACAGUCUUUUGGCUUUUUUAACCUUCUUAACAUGUGGGAAUGGUUUCAAACAGUAGCGCCCUCAUUUCCCAUACCAAGCACUCAUUGGGUUGGCCAUUUAAAAUGGGUUUGCAAUGUAAAAGGAGGGGCUGUGGUUCCCAGGUUAACAUGCAGCACAAACCCAACUAACCCCCCUCCCCCCCACACACCCAAUUAUCGGGGAUGAUCACUUCACUGCUCCCCCCCCCCCCCACCAGGUGACUAACAGCGGGGAACAUUUCUGUUCAGCCGAGCAGGAACGGGCACCUCUGAAUGUCCCCUUAAUAAAAUCACCCCAUUUCAACCAGGUGACCGUGAAUGAUAUCACUCUCCUGAGGAUAACAAAGCGCGAUAAGGAAUGGAUGUUGUCUGCAUGCCAGCAAACACCGGGCCCAUACGUUGCCAUGCUUUGUUAUGCAAUGAUUCCAGACUACGUGCUACUGGCCUGGCGUGGUAAAGUGUCCUACCAUGGCGGACAGGAUAAGGCAGCCCUCCCCAGAAACUUUUUGCAAAGGCUUUGGGAGUACAUGAAGGAGAGCUUUCUGGAGAUGUUCCUGGAGCAUUUCCGCUCCAUCCCCAUACACGUUAACAGACUUUUCCAGUAGCUGUACUGGCCGUGAUUGCCAGGGCAAAUUAAUCAUUAAUCAUUAAACACGCUUGCUUUUAAACCAUGUGUAAUACACUCACUAGAGGUCCCCUGUGUGCCCUCAGGGGCUGGGAGCACGCCUUGGGUGAGUUCGGGGGUUACUGGCUCCAGGUCCAGGGUGAUAAACAUAUCCUGGCUGUUGGGGAAACCGGUUUCUCCACUUCCUUGCUGCUGUGAGCUGUCUACAUUAUCUUCAUCCUCAUCUUCCUCGUACUCAGAACCCUCUUCCCUGUGUGUUUCUCCAGUGACGGAGUCAUAGCACACAGUUGGGGUAGUGGUGACUGCACCCCCUAGCAUGGCAUGCAGCUCCGCGUAGAAGCGGCAUGUUUGCGGCUCUGCCCCGGAUCUUCCGUUUGCCUCUCUGGCUUUGUGGUAGGCUUGCUUUAGCUCCUUAAUUUUCACGCAGCACUGCUGUGUGUCCCUGUUAUGGCCUCUGUCCUUCAUGGCCUUGCAGACCUUUUCUAAUAUUUUGCCAUUUCGUUUACUGCUACGGAGUUCAGCUAGCACUGAUUCAUCUCCCCAUAUGGCGAGCAGAUCCCGUACCUCCCGUUCGGUCCAUGCUGGAGCUCUUUUGCGAUCCUGGGACUCCAUCACAGUUACCUGUGCUGAUGAGCUCUGUGUGGUCACCUGUGCUCUUCACGCUGGGCAAACAGGAAAUGAAAUUCAAACGUUCGCGGGGCUUUUCCUGUCUAGCUGGUCAGUGCAUCUGAGUUGAGAGUGCUGUCCAGAGCGGUCACAAUGAAGCACUGUGGGAUAGCUCCCGGAGGCCAAUAACAUCGAAUUCCAUCCACACUACCCCAAUUCCGACCCGCUAAGGCCGAUUUUAUCGCUAAUCUCCUCGUCGGAGGCGGAGUAAAGAAACCGGUUUAAAGGGUCCCUUAAAUUGAAAGAAAGGGCUUUGUCGUGUGAACGUGUCCAGGCUUAAUUCGAUUUAACGCUGCUAAAGUCGACCUAAACUCGUAGUGUAGACUAGGCCUUAGUUUUGCAAAAUGUAAGUAUUCUAUUUACUAUACAUUGACAAGAAAUAACUUUAUAAAAACAAUUACUCUGAAAUGCUACUUCUGUUUUAACUUCCACAUGCUAUAGGUCCAACUUUUUAAAGUGCAGAACAUGAGGUGUAGCCCAUAACUACUUCACUUGUGGGGCAUAGUGCCUCAAUAGUAGCACCAGACCUCAAUGGAGUCAAGUUAUGUAACUUUUAUGUGAUUGAAAUCCGUAGCACACCAGAUAUUCACAAUGUAUUUUUAUAACAUUCCAUGUUGUUUAGCAAACCUUAAGGGCAUAGGAGAUAGGGUCUUGCAGACUAGCACAUCUUCUUACGCUUUGAAAAAAAAAAUUAACUCACAAAUUGCGGAGAAGCCAAUACUUCUUUUGCAUCCCAAAAUAUUUGAACAAUUACAAUUUUUCUGGACCUAUGGUUUGAGAACACAUUUAACUGGCUUAUGGGGGAAACCAUCUGAAUAUACAGAUGCAAAAUCUAAGUGCAAUAUUGUAGAAAAAGUUUGCACUGCUUUCUUUUAAAAUAGCGAGGAAGAGAAAAAAAACUCGCUCUUUUGGUGUACAAUAUACAGUACAUUUUAAUUUUUAAGUGUUUUCAUCUUUGUACCGUCUGUAUAUUGUUUACAAUAGAGAUUAUGGUUAAAUAUUCUAGAUUGGAUUUUGUCUUGAUCUUGGGCCCUUACAUUUCCUUAUGUAAGAAAUAUAGUGUGUGUCUGUAUAACAUACAUGUUCAGUGUAUCUGCAUAGGUUUGUGCAUGUAUGUGUGUGUGUAUAUAUAUAUAUAUAUAUAUAUAUAUAUAUAUAUAUAUAUAUAUAUAUAAAAAACGUAUGCAAACCCAAAGUAAAGUAGAGGAGCAGCAGACAGUUACAUUCUAUAUGUUCAAGGAGAAGUGAGGAGUUAUCAAGGCUGCUUUACCACCUCCUACACCAUAGCAAGUAUUAAUUACUUUUAAUUCUAAUUCUAAAUAAAAACAUAACAUAAUGUAUCCUCUUGGAGGCUAUACAAGAAAACAGAUUGAACCAAACAUCUUUAAAUAAUGCAACAGUCCUUUUAAAAUAGUGAGCAGGAGCCUUGUUUUUCCUCCUUAUAAAUACAGUAACAACAGAAUCAAUAUUAGCUGCUAGUAAAUUAUCCAGCUCUCCUAGAGCUGAGAAUGAGGGAUGUCUAGCAUUUAGGAUUGGAAAAUCUAGCAGUCAGUAAUGUUAAUAUAUAUUAAGCCCCAUCAAAGCAAAAAACAAACAAAAAAACACUACCCCACCCUUGUAGCGUGUAUGCAAAUUAUUUCUAAAACAAACAAACCUCCAUCACACUCAAGUGUAUGCCUUUGUAUUUCCCAAAGAGCAGCUUUAGUUUAAGGCCAGGCUGUGGUGAUGGAGGGUUUCCAGAAGAACAAAGCUCUUGUAGUUACAAAAUUGUAAGUGCAGAAUUUUUGUGGCUGUUUUAUUUGUGUUGGGAAGGGGGGGAGGGGAGUUUGCAUGUCAGUUUCAUGCAAGUAAGAUCACUUUUUGUCCCUGCUUUUUAGUAAAUGCACUUGAAUGUAAGGUGUGUGGAUUUAUAUUUAGAUUUGUUUUAUGCUUUUAUAGUCAACUGUUGCAAAUGUAGUGAAUAAAUAUAUAUUCUGUUGUCAA